AUGUCGGGAAAUCGAAGUUCCCGCGGUCGACAGAAGUUUCCCACAACGGCGAGGAAAUGCUUGAUUUCACCGAAUCAACGUUCAGCAGCCAGGGGCGUAGCUCCAGCAGCGCCGGCAGCAAACCCGGUUGAUUUCCGAGCACCGGUCACAGCUUGUACCAGCAAACCUAAAGAUGACUUAAGUACGAAACUGUUGGAGCUAGAUAACACGUUGCUGAACGCGGUCGAUUUGGCCAGCAUCGAGAAAAAAGUCAAACGUUCGAAGCCGCGUACCUCAUGGGGCGGAAAUAUGACACGCGCCGCAGCCGAUCAACCGAUCACACCGUUUCGAAAACGUUCCAAAUCAGUUGGAGCCAUUGAAAGAAGGCUUAUGGCAAGUCCUCCGAAACUGCAAAAAUCAGCUGUAAGUAGUCGCAAGAUUUAUGUGCUUAAAAUGAACAUGGACGGUGGCGAGGUGAGCGACGGAGGGAGGGACAGUGGCUGUAAUGAAAAUCUAACAUCAAAUCGGUCAAACGUUGCAAACGAGGAAACUCCUCCGGUUCGUCCUCUGUCCUGGGUGGAAAAUGACGAUGCUGAAAUGCUACCAUGUGGGCAGGUACCGAUCGCCAGCCAUGAUCAACUUGACACGAACGAAAUAAUCAAGGCUAAACUGAAACGGAUCGGGUCCACCAAACCAGUAACGCACGUCGGUGAUAUGCUGCGAGAGGGUAACGGGUUCGAGGUGUACACAAACCAGGACAUCUGGUAG